GAAGACUCAACAAACCAAGAUUGUAAUGAGCUCAAUCUGCUCUUCUCCCUCGAAAAACUCUUCAGAGGAAUCCGAUGCUGAGUCUUCAGAGAAGAACUUUUCCAUGGCCUCCCUUUCUCAACGACUUCCCAUCAAGAGAGGGCUUUCGAAGUACUACGAAGGGAUGUCGCGAAGCUUCUUUUCAUUAUCGGAGGUGAAAACUGUGGAAGACAUUCCUAAACCCGAGCAUCACUUCAACAAAAAGUUGAGGAUGAAGAGAAGACUGAAGAAAUCAAUCAGUCAAGCACCGGUACCGUCUUCGUAGCAGACUUUAGAUUCCAGCACCAGGAGAGCAUAUAGAACUGAAGUCACAAUGUUGCUAUGUUUCCUUGUUUCCGUAUGAUUUAUUAAUUUAUUUUCUUAAUAUAUUUGUUUAAUUGUUCUCUUUUUAGUUGGAUUAAAUAUACAAUUGUCGAAUUC